UACUGUAGGUUUGAUAUCAUUCAGUGCAUCAGCAUCUCAGUGACAACAACAAAAAUGUUCAAAUACUUCGUAUUCAUCUGCAUGUUGGCGGUGGCUUUUGCCGACCCUAAGCCUGGUGUGCUGUACAGCGCUGCAUACACAGCGCCGGUGGCUGCGGCGUACACCGCUCCCGUGGUGUCGGCCGCCUACACCGCGCCCCUCGCCUACUCCGCGUACUCCGCACCCCUCGCCGCGUACUCCGCCUACCCCUACGCCUCACCCUACGCCGCUUACUACCUGCGCAAGUUCCAAACGUAUCAUUCACUCAUCUUGUCUACAACAAGAAACACAAACAAACCCAUCAAAAUGUGCAAACUGAUCAUCCUCGCUGCCCUCUUCACCAUCGCGGCUGCUAAGCCCGGUAUCCACUCAGUGGCUUACUCCGCACCUCUAGUAGCGGCACCAGUAGCUGCUGCUUACACUGCCCCAGUGGCGGCGGCUUACGCUGCCCCAGUGGCGGCCGCUUACACCACCCCGUUCGCAGCUGCCUACACCGCUCCUGUAGCUGCUGCCUAUACCGCAGCUGCCUAUGCCAGCCCCUAUGCUGCAGCCUACUCUGCACCAGUCGCAGCCUACAGUGCCUACUCCGCUCCUCUAGUCGCCGCUGCCUACAAAGCCCCUGUCCUGCUCAAGUGAAAACCUACCUCCGAUAAAUCUAAGCCUGUAAAAAUGUAAAUACGAAUAAGUAGCAACAUGACAAUUUAAAAUUUA